AAACCGCAAAAAGUAAACAAAGCACUGAAUUUUGCAAAAAAAAAAAUAAAAAGUGACAAAAAGUAAACAAACAAAAUUUCUUGGAUACUUAAUAUUAGUGACCAAUUGAAUAUCAAAACAAACAAACCACACAUCGAGCACACAUUUUUUGGAUUAAGUGCCACAAAGUUCCUGUUGCAACAUCAACAACAAACAAAACACACAACAACAACCCAGCAGCAACAUCAACAACUCGGAUUACUAAAAACAACAGUAUUAUUGCUUAAAACUAGCACAAAAAUUUAUGAAAAAAAAAGAAAUAUUUUUAAACAACUUGCUAGGCAACCAAAAAAAAUUAAAUAAAAACAACAACAACUAAACUUGUGCAACAUCCCAAAACAAAUGUGAAAGCGUAACAAUCAAAUAAGUAAAAAGUGAACAAAAAAAAGAAAAAAAGUGAAAAGUAAGAGUAGUAGGGAGUGUGUGAGAAAGCCAAGUGAUCGAAAAUGCUGCAGUGAACUUUUUCCAAAAAAACAAAAUAUAAACAAACAUCCAAACAACAACAACUUGAAGAAAUUCUAUUCACAACAAGAGCAACAGCAGCACUGAGAGACAAGUGUGUGUUGUCUGUCCCAUGUAUUUGUUGAUGCCAUGCAAUUGAUUGUUGACAAAAUUCCCAUGUAUUCCAAACAAACAACGAAGCGCAAUUCCAAAAAGAAAAAUGAUGAAAUGAACCAGCAGGCAGGCUCCUCAAGGGCGCCAGCCACCGGGGGCCAAAUCUCACCGCCAGGUGCCAGCACAGCCGGCUUGGACCAGCAGCAACAGCAACAACAACAGCAGCAGCAUCAGUUGCAACAACAGCAGUACUACAAUCAGCAACAGCAGCAACACCAGUACCAGCAACAACAUCAACGUGAAAAUUUUUUGGCAUACCAGCAACAGCAACAACAACAGCAGCAGCAAACGCCACAACAACGAUCGGUAGGUGGCGCUGGUAACUUUAUGCUGGGCAAUGACCUUGGCGGCGGCGACAGCCUGCGCAGCCUAAACAACACCUUCGGUCCAAACUCUGAGUUCACGUCCCUUGGAGGAGUUGGAAACUCGACAAACUCCUCGCUGAACAGUCUCAGCAACUCCAACGGACAAAGUUAUCCCGGAAUGAUUGCUGCCAACCAGCAGCAGCAACAGCAACAGCUCCACCAGCAACAGCAACACCACCCACAGCAGCAGCAACAGCACAUCUCCAAUAUGGAUGCCAUGGGCGGUUAUAGUCAGAUGGGUGGCGGCAUGCAUCCCGGUCCCAAUAGCGGAAUGAUGGGCAACAUGAAUGGCCAGUACAUGAACGGCGGUUCCAGCCAAGGUGGCUACAACGGAAGCCAGGGCAUGGGCAUGGGCUACGGCGGAGGCGGUAACAUCGGACCCCAGAGGCAUCAUCAAAUGACGCCCAUGAACCAGAUGCAGAACAUGUCGAUGGGAGGCGGAGGCAGUGGCAUGGGCGGUGGCAUGAACCCCAUGCAGCAGCAGUCGGCGCAACAGCAGAUGGGCGGCAUGAACCCGAUGGCCAAGAUGCAGGGCAUGGCCAACGGCGGCUACCCCCAGCAGGCGCCACCCUCCCUCUCGCAGCAACAGCAACAGCGGCGCAUGGCCCCCUACCCCCACCCCCAGAUGCACAUGGCCCAGAAGCGUGCGGCGGCGGCGGGCGGAGCGGGAGGUGUGGGAGGCGUGGGUGUCGGAGGCAUGUACCCCAACAACCCCAUGCAGCAGCAACAGGCCCAGAUGUACGGCAACCAGCAGAUGCAUCCCGGCGCCGGAGGAGUUCCCCUGCCCAUGCAGGCGGGCGGAGCAGGCAACGGCUACGGCCGUGGCGGACCCAUGGGCGCUGGCAACGGGAGCUAUGGCCGCAUGUCCGCCAGCAACGGAAUGGGUCCGAGCGGCGGUCCCGUUAUGGGACCCAUGGGUCCCGGCGGUAUGGGUCCUGGACCCGGUUGCAUGAGCCAGCAGCGCUUCAUGCCCCAGGGUUCCGGUGGCGCCGGUGGUAUGCCCGGUGUGGGCUACGGCGGAAGCGGAGGACCCGGCUCCCACCAGGGUCAGUUCUACCCGGGCAGCGGCCAGAGCGGCGGUAUGCAGCAGGGAGGUGGCAUGUGCCCGGCGGGUCCGGGUGGCGUGUCCACCACCGGCAAUCCCUACCAGAACCAAGGUUUCCAGCAAAACUAUCAGCACAGUCCAGUUCCUGGCAAUCCCACGCCACCCCUGACACCCGCCUGCAGUGUGCCGUAUGUCAGCCCAAAUCCGGACAUUAAGCCACCCAUGGACAACAGCGAAGAAAUGAGACUGACAUUCCCGGUACGCGACGGCAUCAUCCUGGCUCCGUUCCGCCUCUUGCACAAUCUUUCUGUCAGCAACCAUGUGUUUCAUCUCAAGCAGAAUGUCUACAACACGCUGAUGUGCAGAACCGAUCUGGAGCUGCAGCUGAAGUGCUUCCACCAGGAUGACCGGCAAAUGAAUACCAACUGGCCCCACACAGUCACCGUCUCCGCGAAUGCCACUCCCCUGAACAUCGAGCGGUCAGAGAAGAACAGCACCGCCCUGCGUCCCCUCUACUUGAAGGCGGUAUGCCAGCCAGGACGAAAUACCCUCCAGCUGACAGCCAGUUCCUGCUGUUGUUCACACCUGUUCGUGCUGCAGCUAGUCCAUCGACCGUCGGUGCGUCAGGUGCUGCAGACGUUGCACAAACGGAACCUGCUCCCAUUGGAGCACAGCGUGCAAAAGAUCAAGCGCAACCUGAGCCUGCCCAGCGUUGAGGGCCAGACUCCCGGUGGCGCCGAUGCCGCCCAAGCGUCGCAACAGUGCGCCAAGAUCUCAUUGAAGUGCCCCAUCACCAAGUCUCGAAUCCGACUCCCGGCCAGGGGACACGAGUGCAAGCACGUCCAGUGCUUCGACCUGGAGGCCUAUCUGAUGAUCAACAGUGAACGGGGCUCGUGGCGGUGCCCCGAGUGCAGCAAGUCGGCCAUUACCGACACCCUGGAGAUCGAUCAGUACAUCUGGGCCAUACUCAACACCUUGAGCAACUCGGACGUGGACGAGGUGGUCAUCGACUCGUCGGCCAACUGGCGGGCGUUACAGCACAACGGUGGCAUGCCAAAUGCCCCGCCACCCUCGAAUGUUCCUACCAAUCCCAGCAACGCUAACAGCAACAACAACAACAAUCCCAAUCCCGUCAGCAGCAACGGCACUGGCAGUAACGGCAACGGAACCCCCGGAAUGCCAAACAUCAAGCAGGAGUUGUGCGACGACAUUGCCAAAGUCAUGUCUCCGGGAUCCACGCAGCUCCCGACCUGGGACAAUGCGCAGGCUAUGAGUCCCUACAACAUGCACGACAUGAACUCCAUUGCCAAUGGCAACAUGAUGGGAAACGGCAGCAAUCCCAACCAGCAUGGCAAUCGCAGCAGCUAUGACGGCUUCAGUGGCAACCACAGCGACGGCAGUGGAGGAUUGACUGGAAGUGAUGGGGGGGUUAACUCCUUGGAUCAACUAAAUGCCAUGGAGAAGUCUCUGAGCGAUCAGAUGCCACACACCCCGCAUACUCCUGGGGCAGCCAGCCAUCCGAUGACCCCCGGCGGUCCUCCAAGUGUCAGUAGCUCGCACAAUGAGCCCAUUAGUACACCCAAUGCCAAUGGCACCACCAACGGCAACAACAGCAGCAGCACCGGCCACAACUCCCCCCAGACGCCGGGCACGCCCAGCCGGAUGGGUGGAUCGGGCGGCAUGUCGAGCGGAGCUGAUAGCCAGGAGCAGCUCCUCAACUCGCUGAUGAGCAGCCAAACCCAAAUGAAGUUCCCCGAAAGCGAUCUGAGUGCUGAUCUGCAGAGCUUUGAUGCUGCGGCAGCGAGUAUCAAUGAUACAGCGCACGAUUUGAAUCUUCUACAGGAUGUGGAUCCUAUGGAAAUCCUUUCGUACCUGGAUCCACAGCCCGACCUCAACACUCCGCCCUCGAGUGGCAGCAGCAACAACAACGCCAGCGACGACUUGCUGGCCACGUUAUUCGACUAAGCCAGUUAUGGGCAGAGAGUUGGAUAAUUGAUUUUGGCCGAAAUACCAUAAAUUGUACAUAGUAUUAUUAAUUUUAAUGAAAUGUGCACUAGAAGCCAGUGGCGCAACCAACAGUUUCGUUUCCUCACACAAACCAACAGUAACACAAUUUAAAAUUUAAAUAUGAAAUGAAAUGAAAACUAUUACAACACAGAAAAAUAAAUCGAAGCGGAAAUUUGAAUUUGCCCGUGUUGAAAAACAAUGAAAUGUGAUUUAAAAAUUAAUUAAUUAAAUUAAUUGGCAUUUAAUUUAAAGCUAACUAAAGAAAGAAAG